CGAUGUUUUGUCAGUAGCAACGGUUAGCAACGAGCUCCGACGACGCUUCAUUUCAGAGAGAGAAUGCGGAUAUUUAAAGUAUUCUUCGUAACAGCUACAUAUGUUAAUGAAAUCAUAAGUAAAGUAAUACUUUGAUUUAACAUUAAAAAUAUCUAAUUUUCAAUUAAAUUCCAAAAAGAAUAUCGUGAGACUAAGAACAUUAUAAUAACUUUGAAAUGCGUCCUGAUUCUCGUAGCGUCUCGUUCACGUUCCAUCGUGAGGUUUUAAGUGUUCGAAAUUCGCCAGAAUUGAUACGUACUUCUAAGAACUUUAGACAACGUCUUCAAGAUCGUUUCGACAAAGACAAAUCUAAUGAGUCUUCCAAACAGAAAACUUCGAAAGAGAAAGAUGUUACUGAACGUGGUUGGAAUAAUUUGAGUCUUGGAAACGUGUCCGCUGAUUCUAGACGGGCUUUACGAAAUGGUGCUGAAAGAUUAUCUAAAACCAUAUCAACUGUAAGAACAACGUUUGGUACUAUUUCACAGAAAUUUAGAAGCUCAACGCGAAGGCGUCAAAGAUUAGAAGAACAACAAUCUCCUGGAAAUUAUAAAACGCAAACUCCUCAGUCACGUUCUCGCCAAUUAUUAGGACGUACACCAACUAAAUUAUAUAGUCCUUUUGGUAUAGAAUCUCCUAAACGUGGUUGGAAUAAAGAGAAUGAUGUAACAACGGUACAAGAAACACCUGAAAAUCAUUCACGUCAGAUACAAUGCAGACCAUUCCGUUUUGUAAGAGCAAGAGGAUUUUCUGUGCUGAGAUAAAGAAUUAUUUUGAGGGCAAUCAUGUUUUAACAAUAUUUUGCCUUUUAAGAAAUAUGUGAAGAAAUGCACGUUUAGUACAACUAAGCACUUAAUUUAUUUCAUUCCAAUGAAUGAUGAUGCAGCUAUUUAUAUAUUUUAUCAUCAUGCUAAUAAUCAUUUUAUAAUGGUAAUUAAUAUUGUUUAAAUACUAUUUAAACACAUGUUCAUUAUUUUUUCAUCAUUUCAUUCUUAGAUAUUUUAGAUGAAUAUUUAUACUUUUUUAUAUGUAUUUAUAAUGAUUACGCUUGCAAUGUGAGAUAAAAAGAGAAAUAGAUUA